AUUCUUAGCGACCACAUAGAUUUUUCUCCAGCGUGAGAAAAAUCCUCCAAGAGGUCAGUGAUAAAAUAGAAGGCGAUGGAGUUCCUUUGCUACCCCAAAGUACCAGGGGUUGGCAGAAUUUCGUUGGAGGGGGCGCGGGGUUUUGGAAAGAAUUACUUGAGGUUAGAAUUUUUUUAAAAAAAACAAAACCGUCCCAAUAGAAAAUGUCUACGGAUUAAUUGCACAGACAGCUUCUCUUUUCAUUGGAAUAGGGACUGCUUCCUGCCAAUACCAUCGCUUAUGCUCCCAUGAAACUCAGAUUAAUGGUUGCGGUUUUUUUUUUUCCGCCGACCGUUUUUGCGACUGCUGCUCGUUUAGAUUUCCUGACCCUACCCUAAGCACGUGUCCUAGUCCUCCAAAUGGGAGUUGCGCUCCACACCUGGAAUUUGAUUCGGCUUUACGCAGUCCCCGUGUAAUUUUGCCCCGUGGUCGAGGCAAAAAGCUUAAGAUUCGAGUUUCUGUUGGGUUUAGGAUUGCAGCCUGUCAAACGCGUCCCAAACACUUCUUGGGUCCCAGAGGUAUUUCCUCAACGAGCAAGUCUCUCGCACUGCAGCGAGUCUCCGCCCCGCCCCGCCCGAAUGCAAGUCUCCCUUCCUUUAUUUAUUUAGGGGAGGCGAGGUCCGUUGCAGGCCUUCAUCCGGGGCUGGUCUGCAACGGAACGAAGCCACAUGCCAAUUGUCAAAGCUUCAGCCUGGUGCCAAUGGGGAAUGCCUUUAGUUUGGUAGCGGGCUGGCAGGCCUUCUUCUUCUCCCCUUCCCUCAACGCCUCCUGCCUCCCUCGCGGGCAGCUUUGAAACUACGUGACGCUAUAUAACCCUCCUGAGCUGGGAGGGGGGGGACAGAGGGGGUGGAGAGAGGAAGACAAGAAUGCAUUUCGUGGCUCGGCGUCCGGCCAGCUUCUUCAGUUGCAGCCGCUGCGCUCCGCCGCUGGGCCUCAAGCCGCCGCGCGCGAUUUUCUCUGAGCCGCAGCCGCCGAGGGGAGGGGGGCGGGAUUUCAUUUUAUUUUGUUUUCCCAGAGUCCCGCCCAAGUCCUUCCUUCCCUCCUUGGUUCCAUCUGGGAAGGAGCCGGGCGAGGGGCGUGUCUUCCCGCAUAUGCAGAUGAGUCGUCGUGACGGACAGCUCGCCUUGCCAAUGUCCCUCCGAAACUCCUUUCCCCACAAACUCCUCGCCUUCCCAAGCUCCUAUGCCUGCUCCAAAAUCCAAGACUUGUCGCAGGCGCUGGGGGGGAAAGCUCGCCUUGCCUUACUGGCGGGCUACGAGCGCAGGAGGGAGGGAAGAAUUGCGGAGCCAGCGGAGACUGCUUACCCGGUGCAGCCCGGUCGAGGCUGGUUUUUCUUCCCGCUCUCCCUUCUUUUUGACCUCUUCCCUGCCGGGGUUUGGGGAGACGCCUCCUCUUCCUCUUCUCUUUCUUCCCGCGCGCCUUUCUUGCCCAGAUGCCCACCGCCGCUACCUCCUCCUCCUGCAGCAGUGGGUGACUUCUGCGUGGGAAAGGAGGAGAAGGAGAAAGAGCGCGCGCGCGCGCGCCCAGAAAGAGCGAGCGGCUUUCCUCCGCCUCGCGCCCGGCUCUCCUUUUGGCUCCGGCUUCUCCUGCCUAUGGAGCGGACGCUGUGAGCUCCUCCGCGGCCGGAGUGCUCAGCAGCAGCAGCAGCGGCGGCCGCGGCCACGGCCGCAGCAGCAGCUUAGCCGCUGAAGCGCCAGCCGUCCUCCUCUCCGCCCGGGGCCCCCCGCUUCCGUUCCUUUUGCCCGCCCGCUGACAGUCGGCCGGCCAGCUAUGUCCUACCCUCAGGGCUACCUCUACCAGCCCCCGGGCUCGCUGGCGCUCUACUCCUGCCCGGCUUACGGGGCGUCGGCGCUGGCGGCGCCCAGGAGCGAAGAGCUGGCCAGAUCAUCUUCGGGCUCGGCGUUCAGCCCUUAUCCCGGAUCAGCGGCGUUCACGGCCCAAGCGGCAGCCACCGGCUUCAGCAGCCCGCUUCAAUACUCCACCGACCCGGCCACGGGAUUCCCCUCCUACAUGGGUUCUCCUUACGACGCCCACACGACGGGCAUGAGCGGGGCCAUCAGUUACCAUCCCUACGGCAGCCCAGCCUACCCCUAUCAGCUAAAUGACCCGGCCUACCGGAAGAACGCCACGCGAGACGCCACGGCCACGCUGAAGGCCUGGCUGCAGGAGCACCGCAAGAACCCCUACCCAACUAAAGGCGAGAAAAUCAUGCUGGCCAUUAUCACUAAGAUGACCCUCACGCAGGUCUCCACCUGGUUCGCCAACGCCCGCAGGAGGCUCAAGAAGGAGAACAAGAUGACUUGGGCGCCCCGCAACAAGAGCGAGGAUGAGGACGAGGACCUGGAAGGGGAGAGCGGCGGGAUCCGGAGCAAGGAGGAGACCGGCUCGGACAAAGGACGGGACAGCAACGAAACGUCGGCGGAGGAUGAAGGGAUUAGCUUGCAGGUGGAUUCCCUCACCGACCAUUCCUGCUCGGCCGAAUCGGAUGGGGAGAAGGGCCCGUGCAGGGCGGGAGACCCGCUCUGCGAGUCAGGCUCGGAGUGUAAGGACAAGUACGAGGAGAUCGAGGAAGACGACGACGAGGAGGAUGUGGACGACGAGGAGGACGAGGAAGACGACGAUGCGGGCAGAGGCCUCCCCCCCAAGCCCGUCACCUCCUCUCCUCUCACUGGGGUAGAAGCCCCGCUCCUGGGCCACCCGCACGGCCAGGAUUCUGCCAGAAACGCCGCCAAAGCUGCUCUGGACGCCCGGAUCUCACCCUCGGUGGCCUCCCAGACCACGCAAGCCAGCAAGCCCAAACUCUGGUCGCUGGCAGAAAUCGCCACCUCGGACCUUAAGCAUCCGCAUUCGCAUCCCCACAGCCUGGGCCAGAGCUGCCCGCCCUCGGGCCCACCGCCUUCCACCCCACACAACGCUGCCUACUCGCCUUCUUCGCUCUUGGGGAGGCAUAUUUAUUACACGUCGCCUUUUUAUAGCAAUUACACAAACUACGGGAACUUCAACGCCCUCCAGGGACAGGGCAUCUUGAGGUACAACUCGGCCGCCGUGGCCUCCAACGAGGGACUCAACCAAGCGGUCUUAACCGGCGGCGGCGGCGCGGCUCUGAAGGCGGGAUCGGAAAACUCGCUGAAAACCAUCACAGGCCACCUCGAACAGCAUUACAAAUCUCCCAGUUCCGAUCCCAAGAAAGACCCCACUGAAAUGUGCACAGUAGGAGUACAACCAUACCUAUAGAAGGGCAAUCACACAGCAGCCAGGCAAGUAGGUGUCACAAUUGCUUUGAGAAAAGUCAACAAGCCAUCAUCUCUCCCCAAGCUAAUCUAUCUAUCUCUAUCUGUAACUCUAACAAAACUCUAAAUCCGGAUCACAUCUUGUGCCACUGUAUAAAAGAAGACCACAGAGCACUCUUAGAUCUACAGACUCUCUCUAAUUAUUGAACCAGAAUUUUGUUGGACAUUAAUGUGCAUUUGCUGGUAUAGUCUAGUUUCCCUAAUGUAUGUGUGAUUUAAAAAAAAAAAAAAAGGAAAACAAAAACAAAAAUGGAAAUCUGUUUUUUCUCAGGAUAUCUUGACUUGAUCACUUCAUUGCCACGGUAUAUACAUAUAUAUCUAUAUAUAUCUAUAUAUCUAUAUUCUGUAGGUGUGAUAGGACUUAUUGUACAAAUUCUUUGUAAAAGAUACAUACAGUAGGGAUUAAUUAAAGAAACUGCAAGUACUUACAAAAUGAAACAUAUUUGAUAUUUAUUUUUGUAAUGAUAUAAAAUCUAGUAAUUUAUGCAAGUUGUAUUGCAAUGGAAUCCCAAGUCUUUUGUAAAUAAAUUAUGCCUGGUUUUUAUUUGAAACAUUGAUGGUUAUACAAUCCCUUGUUGUUUAACAAGAAUUCUUUACUAAUUUAUAUCUAUAAUUGUAAAUAAAACAGAUUAGUCUACAACAA